ACCAUGUACUGUCUGCAAUGUCUCAUCCCGGUGCUGCUGAUUCCCAAGCCCACGAAUCCGGCCCUGAUGCAAACGCACGUGAUGUUCAUCGUGCUGUAUUUGAUCGGGUUCUUCCUCGAGCGUAAACCGUGCACCAUCUGCAGUCUGGUAUUUCUGAUGGCCGUGUUUCUGAUCUGCAACAGUGGCGUCGGGAACUGUCUGUUCUGGGGCAACUGCGAGGGCCACACGUGCGACAAUGGCUAA